AUGUGUGGAGAAACCAACCGUCCAACAUUCGGAGGCACCAUUGCCGUCCUAUUCCCUCGAGAGACUCGCCCAAGCUCGAUUGCUUCAGAUGCAUCAUUGUCCUCUUCGCCAGAAUCGGUAUCCUCGUUUGCAUCAUCAUCGUCAACUGCCUCAAUGUCAUCAUACUCUCUUUUCUUCCGCGAACCAGAUGCAACAAGCCAUAAAACGAGAGCAAUCUUUCGAACUGAAGAUGCAGAGACAUACAAUGCACUCAGAGGAUGUCGAAAUGUCGAUAUGCGCAUUGAGAAAUAUGGUGAUCUCUCCACUACAACACAACCCACAUCUCCGCUUCAUCAGUUCUGUCUGAAUAUGGAACGGAACAAGAGCUCCAACACUGCGAAUCCAAGGGAAAUUGAGUUCGAGCUGCCCGAAAGGCUGGACCUGGGCGUCUCGGAGAAGGGUGUCAUUGGUCGACGAGUGACGGUGAGAGAACAAGGGGGUUCGAUCCUGGGGAUUGGAGUUGUGGGAUACAAUUAA